AUGGCACCAAUCAGAGAAGGCCGAGUAGCACCUGGGGUGGCAUUUGUCACAGGCGGUGCUAGAGGUCUUGGAAAUGCUGUCGCUAUGUCUUUUGCCAAAGAAGGAGCCUCAGCGGUGGCCAUCGUGGAUUGGGCCAGCGAAGAGCCUAUGGCCAAGGCCAAAGCCGGGAUUGAAAGUUUUGGCACAAAGUGCAUCACCAUCUAUGCCGAUGUCACAAAGGAAGACGAAAUCCGUGGGGCCGUCGAGAAAGCUGCAGCCACAUUUGGCCGGAUCGACUACGCCGCCAACUUUGCAGGCGUCGCGGUCAAGGAGGGCUUGACCUGGGAAAUGCCGUACGAGACAUGGCGCAAAGUGAUCAACGUCAACCAAGACGGGGUCUGGCUGAGCAUGAAGUACGAGCUAGCCCAAAUGGUGAAGCAGACUCCUAUUGAAUUUGAGGACGGGCGGGAGAAGGCUCGAGGUGCCAUCGUGAAUUGUGCGUCUAUUGGAUCUAUUCAGGCUGGAGCCCGCUCCACGGGAUACGCCUCGUCCAAGCAUGCAGUGGCUGGAUUCACAAAAGCCGCCGCUCUCGAAGCUCGACAAUUUGGUAUCCGCGUCAAUGCCGUGUCACCUGGGUUCCUGCGAACACACCUCCUAGACGACGUUGUUGGGGAUGCGCAGCAGUCAACAGGAAAUGAUUUUUUCACCCAGAACGAGGCGCGCCAGGGAAGAAGAGCGGAUUUUUCUGAAAUUGGGGACGCGACGGUUCUCUUGUGCAACCCCCGUAUGAGUCUUGUGAAUGGUCAUAACCUUGUCGUGGAUGGAGGGUUCACGAUCAACGCGACGAACUACUAG